AUGUUGGUUGGUAGAUCUUCAUCAAUCAUCAAAUGCAGGUGCCAAAGACUGGAAAAGGCAAGAAAAAAGGCCACCGAUACCAACAACAAUGACAUCCUUCAGGGCUUUUCCUGUGGCACCAACCUACCAGAAUUGCCAAUCACUUCACAAUUCAGGAAAUAUGGACCCAAAAUGGAUACUAAAAAAAUUGUAGUGAUUACCCAAAUUCACAAGGUUCACCCUAAUUUAUGGAAACCAAGGAGUGGCUUAGAGCUGAUGAACAAUGACCUUCCCAGCACCAACCCUGAAGAGGCUAUGUCCUGCUUUGAUUUGUCCAAGAAUGAUUCAUCUCUCAUAUCAGCAACAGGAGGGAUGAUCUCCACUUUUGACAUGACAACAUUUAAGACAAUGAAAAAAGUCAUGCCACCGCCACCUGUGGCAACAUGUCUUGCUUUUCACCCCCGAGAUGACAGUAUAGUUGCUAUUGGCAUGGAAAAUUGUUACAAGGAAGCUUGA